AUGGGACUCGAAUCAGGCGACGCGAAGAUGGCAGAUCUCAUGCAGACUGUCCUGAGCACCGCCUCGGCGGAUCAAGCGAAGGUCGCCAAGGAGAUCUGCGACCUUAUCAAGAGCAACGGCGUCAAGCUAUGCGAGUCGCACAACCUGUUCGCGAAGAUCGCACAAGGGCUCGACGACACGUCUACACCCGUUGUGAAGGAGGGAGCGUUGGUGCUUGUACGCAAGCUCGCGGAGACAGUCGGCGCUCCUCUGGAGGCGCAACUGGUUGCGCUUCUCCCCACACUGCUUCUCCGAGUGGGGGACAAAGGGCCCGCCGGGGGUAACAAGUCCGCGCCUGCGGGGAGCAAAGCUGCGCCUGUGGGGAACAAAGUCGCGGCGAACAAGGUCCUGGGCGGGCCAGCAGUGAGCAAAGUUCUGGGCGCACCCGCAGCGAACAAGGUUCUGGGCGCACCAGCGGCGAACAAGGUUUUGGGCGGCCCGGCGGCGAACAAGGUCUUGGGCGGCCCGGCCGCGAACAAGGUUCUGGGCGCGCCGGCCGCUGGGGGGAAGGGUCUGGCGGUCUUGAACAAAGCCGCGGGUCCCGUUCUGCUGAAUAAGGCUGCUGGCCCGGUCUUGCUGAACAAAGCCGCUGCGCCCGCAGCGAACGGCGCUGCGCCCGCGGGUGCACCAGAGGCGGGUACGGCCGCGCCGGCGGCGGAGAGUGCAGUGUACGAAUCGGUGGGAGUUCCGCUGGCGGCGGAAGCUGCUGCGAAGGCGGUGGUGGGAAUGAUCUGCCCCCAUGCCGUCCCUCUCGUGCUGCCAGUGCUGGUGGAGGGCGCGCGCAACCACAAGAGCUGGAAGACGCAGGAGGCGGCGCUUCUGCUGGUGGGUCACCUGGCUCUCAACGGGCCCCGCCAGGUGGCAGCCGCGCUCCACGUCAUCGUGCCUCUGCUGUCCGAGUACAUGAUUGAAGGCAAAGCGCAGGUAAUGAAGGCGGCAGCAGCGUCCAUGCUGCAGUGCGCGGGCACAAUCGGCAACCGCGACAUUGAAGCAGCAGUGCCGUCGCUAGUGGACGCCAUUCUGCACCCCACGCACGUGCCCGAGUGCGUCAACCGCCUCUCAGGCAUCACGUUCGUGCAGCCCGUGCUGUCGCCCGCGCUCGCCAUCAUGACGCCCGUGCUCGUGCGCGGCAUGAAGGAGCGCGCCGCGCUCGUCAAGCGCAAGACCGUCGUGGUUAUUGAGAACGUGCUGCGAUUGGUGGAGGAGCCGCGGGAGCUCGGGCCGUUCCUGCCGAUGCUGAUGCCGGGCGUGGAGCGGGUGAGUGUGGAGGUCGCGGAUCCGGAGUGCAGGCAGACGGCGGGCAGGGUGCUGCUGACUCUGCAGGGAAUGAAAGAGGAGGUGGAUUCUCACCACAAGGAUGCUAGCGGCAGUGGGGAUGUGUGUGCCGCUGCCUUGGCCAUGGCGGAAGCUGCUGCUGCGGCGAAGAAGCGCGGCAGUGGGGGCGGUGCUUCUGGUAAUGGUAGUCCUGGGGCUGGGGCGGGUGCUGCUGAUGCAGCAGGGUCGUUGCUAGAGAGGCACGCAGCGAACGCGGUGGUGCUGCUGGGCUUCUUAAGGAAUCUGAUAGCAUCGGGGGCGAGGGAGGAGGUGGAGAAGGGCGGCAUGCUGGUGCAAACCCUAGAGUAUGUCGUCCGCAUGUGCACCGUCCUCGCAGCCGGCAAGCGUUUCGAGGAAUCCGACUGGGUCCGCUGCGUCGUCCCGAGCCUCGAGCCGUACCUGUCCCCCUGGGGCGAGGACACCGAGGCUGUGGCUCGGCAGUUCUGCAAGCAGGCUCGGGAGGCGCACAAGGCAGCGCGGAGCAACGACGGGUCGGGGGCAGAGGAUGGGGAGGACGAGGGGGAGGACCUGUGCGACUGUGAGUUCUCCCUCGGGUACGGAGGAAAAAUCCUCCUCUCCGCUACCCGCCUGUGGCUGAAGCGUGGUCGCCGGUACGGUCUCUGCGGGCACAACGGAUGCGGAAAAUCCACUCUCAUGCGCGCCAUUGCCAACGGGAAACUCGACGGGUUCCCCUCAGCCGACGUGCUGAGGACAGUGUAUGUGGAGCAUGACUUGGACAGCAGUGUGGUGGAUAGGAGUCCUGUAGAGUAUCUGCUAGAGGAGGAGGCGUUGAAGGGAAAGGUGGACGAGGCGGAGGUGGUGAGGGAGCUGGGCAAGAUGGGGUUUGGGGAGGACCGGCAGCGGCAGCCCAUCACCGCGCUGUCGGGCGGAUGGAAGAUGAAGCUCGCGCUGGCUAGAGCCAUGCUCAUUGGGGCGGACAUAUUGCUGCUCGACGAGCCGACGAACCACAUGGACACGACGAACGUGGAGUGGCUGCAGCGCUACCUGACAGGGCUCAAGACGCUGUCGUGCCUCAUCGUGUCGCACGACAGUGGCUUCCUGGACGCCGUGUGCACUGACAUCAUCCACUACGAGAAGCGCAAGUUGAAACACUACCGGGGGAACCUCUCCGCGUUCGUGAAGGUGAACCCAGCGGGUCGUGUGUACUACGACCUGGCAGCGGCGCCGUUCAAGUACAAGCUGCCGACGCCGGGGCAGCUGGACGGCAUUCGGCGCAAGGAGUCGCCCAUCCUGAAGCUCACCAACGUCUCCUUCACCUACCCCGAGGCACCGGCUCCCGCGCUCUCCAACGUGCACGUGCAGUGCUCCCUGGGUAGUCGUGUGGCUGUGGUGGGCGUGAACGGCGCUGGCAAGUCGACGCUUAUCAAGCUGAUCACUGGAGAGAGCAAGCCCACGGCUGGUACAAUUUGGCGGCAUCCAAACCUGGGAAUGGCGUAUGUCGCGCAGCACGCGUUCCACCACGUGGAGCAGCACCUAGACAAGUCGCCCAACGAGUACAUCCGCUGGCGCUUUGCACGUGGGGAGGACCGGGAGGAGCUGAACAAGGUGUUUCGCAAAAUAGGCAAGGAGGAGGCGAAGAGCAUGGAGGAGCUCAUCAUGCACAACGGGCAGCGCAAGCAGGUGGAGCAGCUGCUGUCGCGCCGCAAGUCCAAGAAGAGUUAUGAAUACGAGGUCAAGUGGGUGGGGUUGAAGCCGGUGUUCAACAGCUGGCUGUCAAGGGAGCUGUUGGAGGAUCUGGGCUUUGAGAAGCUCGUGCACGACGUGGACGCCAAGGAGGUGGCGCGCCUGGGCGUGUACGGCCGCCCCCUCACCAUUGCGGGUGUGCAGGAGCACUUUGAUAACUUCGGGCUUGAUGCUGAGUUUGGCACGUAUGGCCAGAUCAAGAACCUCUCAGGUGGGCAGAAGGUGAAGGUGGUGUUGGCAGCAGCCAUGUGGAGCAACCCGCACAUGAUAGUGUUGGACGAGCCCACCAAUUACCUCGAUAGAGACUCUCUCGCUGCGCUUGUCGGCGCCAUCAACGACUAUGAGGGCGCCGUGGUGGUCAUUUCUCACAACAAGGAGUUUUUGGCGUCGCUCACCAACGAGACAUGGACUGUGGAAAACAAGAUGGUUAUUGCCCCUGGUAAUCCUGCGUAUGAGAAGGCGUUGAAGGCCGGUGGAAAAAAGAAAUAG